GGAGGGAGUGCACCUGCUUACCCGGGGAGGGCAACAUACAAGCCCCAUUCAACAAAUGCAUGUUUCAUCUGCGGCGAAACCGAUCACUGGGCAAGAGGAUGUCCACAGUAUCGACCACGCGGAGCCACCCACCCAGCCGAAGGCCCGCCAUACCAACCCGGAGCGCCGAUGCAACAGGCAGGAACAGCUCCACCCGGUGGACGGCCCUGGCAACAGCCACAAACGCACGGAGGUCAGUACUACCAACAUGAUGAUCUCUGGUGUGGACAAUUUGAAUAGGGCUGCCCGGGGAGCCAGGAAAGCAGUGGCCCGGCGGAGCCAAUGCUUCAUGUGACAGUGGAAGGAAAACCUGUGAAGAUGCUGGUGGACACGGGAGCAACUUAUUCAUCAAUAAACACUGCCCUUCCUGUAUCCUCACUGUCAAAGAAAACAACGACUUUAGUCGGCUUCUCGGGACAACCACGUACUCUGCCUUUCACCAAACCACUUGAAACUGUGAUCACCCGAACAGGGUGUAGACUGUGGCACAAAUACAUCCAUUCCACAGACACUCCGAUCAAUUUGAUGGGAAGGGACUUGCUGUCAGCCGUUCAAGCCAGAAUUCUGUGUGGGCCAGAGGGAGUGAUUAUUCAAUUUCCAGAUGGCAUCAGCAUCCAGUGCUCACAGCAGCUACAACAACAUGGUCAGUGGCUGAUGGCGCCCCUACCGGCAGAAGCAGAAACUGCAACCAUCUACUGGGCCAGGCUGGAGCCAGAGACCCCUGCUGGUGGCGGUGUGUUCUCGACCUACCUACUGUGGAAGCCCUGGAUCUGCUCACUGGCGCCAUACCACCCACCUGUUGAUCCUUUGCAUUGCACGCUAUAUUAUGACCGAAAAAGUGAUGAUGUUUAUCGGGAUUUGUUUGAAGAAAUUGAAGGGCACAUGUGGGAUUUAACUUCAUCAUGCAUUUUGAUUGGUAAAGAGGGAGUUGCAGCAGCUACUGAAUUAACACCAGAACAAAUGCAGUGGUUCAAAAUGACAGAAAAAGGGGUACCACACAUUUCACUAGCUCUUGCCCCAGGUCAUGAAGCCAGAGAAUUGGGCUCAAUGGUCAAACAUUUGUUGCUGCAAACCGACUGGCGGAAGACACACAUCCCUAAUUUGUACUGGUCAGAGUCUCAGAAAGCUUACCAAAUUAAACAACCCAUGGUAGACUCAGGGCUGCCGGAGAUGAUGUUGGUAUCUCGCACACAUGGCAGGGAAUUAACUGAUCAUGAGGACGCUGAAGUAAUGCUCGCGGCCUUGCCCGACACCUUGUGGUCCCAAGGUCCAUUUGAUGUCGGGUUUUGUCACUCGAUGGCCCCUAUUGAUCUCCAAAUGGAUGAGACGCAGCCUAUCAAACGACCCCAAUAUCGUUGGCCGAGUGAGGCGAACCAAGGCAUGGAAGACACUCUCUGCGGCCUCUGGGACGCAGGGGUGUUGGAAGUGUCAUGCUCCGAAUGGAACACCCCGUUAAGGCCAGUCCAAAAAGCAGAUGGGAAAACAUGGCGCAUGGCGCAUGAUUUGAGAGCAGUAAAUGAUGUCACUAUAACUCCUGUUCUUCCUGUGCCAGACCCGCACCGAAUCCUUGCAUCAUUGAACCCUGCCUAUCAGUGGUUCACCGUGAUUGAUUUGGCUAACGCCUUCUUCUGCCUCCCGCUUUCCCCCUCAGUGCGGCACGUGUUCGCAUUCACUUACAAAGGGAUGAAAUUACAAUACACUCGCAUGCCGCAGGGAUUCAAAAAUUCGCCAGGAUUGUUCAAUCAGGUCCUCAAAGAACUCCUCGAACCAUGCCAAAUGCCGGAUGGCACAUUGUUGUUGCAAUAUGUCGAUGAUUUGUUGAUUGCAGCAAAGGACGAGCAGGCGUGUCUUGCAGGAACAAAGAAAGUGUUGUUGUGGUUAGGAGAGAAAGGGUUCAAGGUGUCAAGGAAGAAACUGCAAUGCUGUCGCCAACAGGUCACUUUUCUAGGUCGAGUGUUGACCCCUAGUGGCCUCGCCAUGUCGCCUGAACAUAGAAACUCCAUCCUCCGGCACCCACGGCCCGCCACCGUCCAGGAGAUGCUAUCAUUCCUGGGGUUGUGUGGCUACAGCAGACAUUACAUACCCUGUUUUGCCGACAAAACUGGUGUCCUCCGAGCCCUGAUCCGCGAACAGGGGGCCAGGAAUCUCAAGGCUUGCCUGGUCUGGACACCGGAGGCUACCGAGGUCUUUGUGUCACUGGUGCAGGAGCUGGCCUCUGCUGCGACCUUGGCCACUCCUGACUACACUCUGCCCUUCCAUCUAGAUGUCUCUAUUUCAGGGAAAGUUGUGAAUGGAGCUCUGUACCAGAAAAUGCAGCAUGGACGUGCAGUGUUGAUGUAUUGCAGCGUCCCCUUGGACAACAUUGAGCAACGACAACCCGAUUGUUCCAGGUAUGCGGCUGGCCUGGCGAAGGUCUUACUCAAAACAGCCCACACGGUCAUGGGGCAUCCAGUCUAUGUGUUAACUGAUCAUGCGGUCUCCUCGUUUGUCGCAUCGGCGGCAUUCACGUUGACUCCGCUGCGACAAACACGACUGUUGAAAAUAUUGACUGCCCCAAAUGUCAACUAUGUCCAUUCCGGUGUGAACAUGGCCGAUCAAUUGUUGGUGGGACCCCAUGAGUGUGCAUCAAAGGUCCAGACGGUGACGAAAGUCCGACCUGACCUCUAUUCCACUCCGCUCGGGCACGGUCGGGUAGCGUUUACAGAUGGCUGCUGUUGGAGAGACAGGAUGGGCUCCCUCCAUGCGGCCGCGGCGGCGGUCGAGUGGAGGGAUGGCUCCUUCCAGCCUCUUAAAGUGAUGAAGCUCAACACCCACCCAUCAGCCCAGGCGGCGGAAGUCUUUGCUCUGGUGUUAGCUUUGCGACAAUGCAAGGGGGAGGCCGUGACCAUCUAUUCUGACUCCGCUUAUGCGGUGUCGGCGGCUUUGAUCGAUCUGGUAGGGUGGCUACAGAAUGGGUUCACGACGGCCAGAGGCUCGGAGAUUGCGCACAAGGAUUUGAUGUUGCAGUUGUUUGAGGCGUUGAAGUACCCGAGCGAGGUGGCCAUUGUCAAAGUGCCUGGUCACUCCAAAGCUGACACUUUAGUGGCUAGGGGGAAUCGAGCGGCUGAUGAAUUGGCCAAGCAGACGGCCGGGUACGGCGGGGCAGAGGACAUGAUGGUGUCCCGCGGUCCACUAAUUGUGGACGGGGAGCACCCCGACUCCUGUUUGCCUCUGUCACUCUCGCAUGCCGAUCUGUGUGCCGCCCAGGGUGCCACCUCCCCGGAACAAAAAUCGGUUUGGCUGGCAGCAAAGGCUGUCAAACGAUCAGAUGGCUUGUGGGUAGGACCCAAAGGACAGCCAGCUCUUCCGGAGGGAAGGCUGAUGUCGGAGAUCCUGACACAGGCUCACACACCUUCCCAUGUGGGUCCCCAUGACAUGAUGAUCCAUCUUCGAAGUUGGUGGCAUCCCAAACUCUCGGAUGUGGUCUGGAAAUUCGUUGCAGAUUGUGAGUCUUGCCAGACGUUCAAUGCACGCCCUACGUUGAAACCAAAGCCCGGCCUGUUUCAGCCGGCCCCGUGGCCGGGGGCAGAGGUGAUCAUUGAUUUUACCGACAUGAGUACAAGAGUGAAUGGGAAACGCUUUUUGCUUGUGAUGGUUGACGCUUACUCAGGCUGGCCUGAGGCAUAUCCGUGCUCGAAAGAAGAUUCUACUGCUGUGAUCAAGGCUUUGAUCACCCAUUACAUCCCCACGCAUGGUUUCCCGGCCCUGAUCCGCUCUGACAAUGGUACACACUUUAACAACAAAGCCUUGGCCAAGGUAGAAUCAAUUUUGGGGUUGAAGCAUCGAUUCGGCUGUGUCUACCAUCCUCAGAGUCAGGGCGGAGUUGAACGUAUGAAUCGAACACUGAAGGAGAAAUUAGCCAAAAUUAUGGCUCAAACGACAAUGAAUUGGCUCCAAGCGCUCUCGCUUGCCUUGUUGUCUGUGCGGCAAUCCGUUAACAGGCGCACUGGAUUCGCACCAUUUGAAUUGAUGACGGGUCGUCUAAUGCCGGGACCAGCAACGACGCUCGUCCCACCAGAGGAUGUUACGGUACCAAAUUUGUCUCAUGCAGCAUACUGGUCCUAUUUGUCUGCUUUGGUGUCCAGUGUUUCUGCACAGAUUGGAGAGAAAUCCGCUGCGGCUGCGGCGGAGGAAGGCGUGUCAGCGGAGAAACAGCUCACGCCGUACGUGUACGUCCGAGUCAUCUCUAGAAAGUGGACGGACCCCCGGUGGAAGGGCCCCUUUCGUGUCUUGGCCAGGACGUCUCACGCGGCCCAGCUCGACUUCAAAGGACGCCGGUGGUAUCACUACUCACAACUCCGUCCGGCCCCAGAGUUUGUUCCGUCAGGAUGAAGGUAUUCCUGUUUGGCCGUGUCCCGGACCCGGCCAAAAGGGGGGGAACAGAAGGAACAAUACGGAAAAGGAAAGGUUUUUGGGAAUUUUCAGAAUUAUUUUUAGUAGGAGUGCUAUGUGUGAGUUGUCUUUUUGUGUGGGCAUUGAUGACAAUUGAUGAGACCAUCCAGCAGAAAACGUCCCAAAUUCAAAAUUCACCCACCAACAAACAAUACCGAUGCAGAGGAAAAGUAGUCUAUGAAGCUGAGGUGAACACAACAGAAGAGCUCUCACGAGAGGAACAGGAAGGUUUGAGACAGAGAUGUGACAGCAAAAAUUGGCAAACGUAUGUCACGUUGUCUAAUUGGACAGAGACCAACCAAACCUUACAUGACAAAUUGGAAAAGUACCAGAGAAGGGUGUGGAGGAACCAAAUUCAACAAGUAAAGAGAGUAUUGGAUUUAGCCCCACCCGAUAGAGAAGGGACAUGUAUUUACCAAUGUAAAGAAGAUGGACAGUUUGUUGUUGCUUCGUGUCAUGGGAAAAAAGAAAGCCCAUUUUUGACAACCAUGUGACUCAACAAAAUAUGACAUGUUUAAAGUUAAACGGAACCGGCAUAAGUAUUGGGACAAUAGAUCCCACAUGGUGCAAAGUCAAUUUGUCACUGAAUGUAACCUCUCCUCUCUCUCGUGCAGACAUCUGGUUGUGGUGUGGUGAUGACAAAUUAUAUGAUCGCUUGCCGAAGAACGCAUCAGGUAUCUGUGCCCUCGUGUCUUUGAUAAUGCCUGUGGUGGUUGUCCCCAUUGAAAUACAGAAUCUCAAUUGGGACCUGGAGUUCCCACUGGCGGAGCUCCUGAAGCGAGCCAAAAGAGACGUUUUGCCCCCGUGGUUGAACGACGACGAUCCAACAUAUAUUGACGCUAUAGGAGUGCCCCGGGGUGUACCAGAUGAGUAUAAACUCGCUAAUCAAGUGGCUUCGGGAUUCGAAAGUAUCUUCCUAUGGAUCACCCCCAAUAAAAAUGUAGACCGCAUUAAUUACGUUCAUUACAAUGUCCAACGACUGGGUAAUUAUACAGCUGAAUCAUUCGCCGCAGUUCAUGAACAAUUGGCUGCAACGUCGUUAAUGGCGUUCCAAAAUAGAAUUGCGUUGGACAUGUUAUUGGCUAAGGAACAUGGUGUAUGUGGAAUGUUUGGUGACGCAUGUUGUACUUUUAUCCCAAACAACACGGCACCAGGGGGCCGACUGACCAGGGCGUUGGAAGGACUAAGGACACUGAACAAAAAGAUGAAAGAUCAUUCAGGUGUACACACCGAUAUUUGGUAUGAUUGGAUGAAAGCGUUUGGAAACUGGAAAGGGCUCAUCAUGUCUGUGCUUGUUGCUGUGGCUAUUUUCACUACAAUCAUGAUAUUAUGCGGUUGUUGUUGUAUUCCAUGUAUUAGAUCACUCACUGUCCGGUUGAUCGAGAAAACCGUUGGCCCGUUGCCACCGAUGGGGCAAUAUGUCCUGUUGACUCAACAUGAGCCGCAGGGGGAAGGAAGGAUCGACACCACGCUGGUGGCUGUUUGCUAGGGUAACGGGUGAUGACCUCAUAAAUGAGGUCAUGAGAGGGAAUAAAGGGAAAUGUGCUUUUGGGAGUUUGCAAACAUAUUUUAAGGUUGUGUUAAACUUAUAAUCAUAUUAAUAUCUAGUAUUGGAGUGCUCGUGUGGAUUGGUGGGGCCGAGGAAUGUGCAGGCAAACUGUAUGAACUUGUUUUCUCGGAAGUGUUGUGUAUAGUUCUAGACAGGGAGUACCGGACGAGAUAAUCUCAAGGUCGGUGAGCUACGAGAACAACGAGCAACUAUAUGAAACCAGACUUCGAGGGGAAAACCAAACCGUCUGACCUCAGCGACACCUGGACGGGGAGGAGAUGGCCAUCCACCAAUCAUCUCACAAUAUUUUGCAUGCUUUAAUAUUCAUAUUGUGUUUCUUUAAAACUGGGCAACCCGGAAGAAUGUGUCGUCUUUGGUGGUCACAAAAACGCACGAGUUUUAGUGUGAGGGACCCGGGACCCAGGCCUGUAUUAGUGCGCUUUGUCAGGAAUAAAUAAUUGGUAAAUUUGGUCUAAUUGA